AUGGCGGGCGGGCUCUUUAGCACUCGAGCCACCGGGAAAGCCCAGCAGAAGUCUGGGAAGCAGACGCAGGACAGCGGGCCGCGCUCAGGAGGCUGCAGGCUCCGGUGGGGCCCGGCCAGCACUCAGCGAGGCCGCAAGGAGGUCUGCCUCAGCAGCGGGCUGCAGUGGUCGCCGUGUGCCGUGACGGGAGGCAGUCCUUGUGGCCGAGCCUCCGGUGUUUCCCGAGACCCUGUGGUGCUCUCAGCGGUGCGGGUGCCACCCGGGCUUCGGGCAGUGGCUCUGAAACUCCGGAAGACCUUGACUGUCCACGUCUCCCGGGGGGCGCGGUCAGAUCCGAGGGCCGUUGUUCCCAGCGAGGCCUUCGUCAUCCCUCUUCCUGGACAGAAGCACAAGCCUUGUAAAGAGGCUGUAGAGCGCCACAGCCUCCGCCCAGCUGUGCCUGCCGAGCGCCCGGCGUCACAGCAGCGUGGGUUCUCACCCACGGGACCGCCGGGGAAGUCCUCGCAUAUUGUCUUUAUCUCUGAACAGUCCUGUAGAGUAGACAGCGUCCUUGUGUCGUGGGAGCCCGAGGCCGUGGCUGUGGAAACCCGGACGGACGUCCAGACGCCUCUGGGCCAGCGCGCCCCCUCCGGGACCUGGGGCGGUAAUCUGCAGCUUGAUGGGCUUAACGUUCAAACAAGACGUGGGCCUGCUUCCUGCAGGUAUUUUGAAGGUGGUGUCUCGUCUGUCUACCUCUGGGACCUGGACCAUGGUUUUGCUGGCGUGAUCCUCAUCAAGAAGGCUGGGGACGGCUCCAAGAAGAUCAAGGGCUGCUGGGACUCCAUCCACGUGGUGGAGGUGCAGGAGAAGUCCAGUGGUCGCACCGCCCACUACAAGCUGACCUCCACGGUGAUGCUGUGGCUGCAAACCAACAAAUCCGGCUCUGGCACCAUGAACCUCGGAGGCAGCCUUACCAGACAGAUGGAGAAGGAUGAGACCGUGAGCGACUGCUCUCCACACAUAGCCAACAUCGGGCGCCUGGUCGAGGACAUGGAGAAUAAAAUCAGAAGUACGCUGAACGAGAUCUACUUUGGGAAGACAAAGGACAUCGUCAACGGGCUGAGAUCUGUUGACGUUAUCCCCGACAACCCCAAGUUCCUGCAGCUGCAGAGGGAGCUUUCCCAAGUGCUGACGCAGCGCCAGACCCACAUCCAGCCCGAUAACUAAGCCGCUCCAGGUCUGUGCAGACUUUUGCAGACAAAUCAAAACAAGAAGCUCUUAAGAACGACCUGGUGGAGGCUUUGAAGAGAAAGCAGCAGUGUUAAAAGCCUCUGCUCCCCACUGACCGGAGACGCCGUGCGCUGUCAGGCUCCUUUCUUAGACACUCGUUUCCUGCUCCCUGCCUCGUCCCUCCCUCCCCGACAGGCCACACAACAACUCGCACCGCCGCCGCAGCGCCAUCUCUCCCGAGAAUAAACCCGGUAAACCCCCCUGGUCUCGGAGGCCUCCUUCCCCCACCACGUUUUGCUACCACAGCUCGGGAUUCCCAUAGAGACCGCGUUUUCUGUCCGCCCCGGCCCCCCCCCACCCAUUUAUCGGCAUAAAAUACACUGUCUGUCUGCCGCCCUCCCCUCCCACCUUUUUGUUACAUUGGUGUAAAAAAUGUAAAACAAAAAAAUUUUAUGAAAUAACUGUGGUGUGUGAAAGAUAGAAGAAAAACUGGAAAUCUGAUUCCACGUGUGUUUGGGAGUUGCUUGGGGCUGGGGGCCGGCGGGGGACAGGGGACAGCUCUGGGAGAAAGGAGAGGUGGCCCUCAGCUCGGCCCGCGGUGGGGGCGGGGCCUGCGGGCCGCCCUGCUCCUCUCGCCAGGUGCUUUUCUGUCAAUUUUUAUGGAAUGCAAAAGGAGUUUUUGUUUUAUUUUGUUUUUUUGUAAAGCUUAAAAAAAAUCUACAUCUUAUACUUGAGCUUCCAUACUUAAAAAAAUAAGAAAGAAAAAAAAAA